AGAUUACUAUGUUAAAAAAAUCUUUUUUACCCCAUGACAUUUCUGGCCUGCAUGUGUAAAUGUGUAAUGACCCCAAACCAAACAGGCCAUAAAGUUGCAGAGGGAGACGAGCGGCUAAAAAAGGGACGUGGGAGAUGAACAAAAGUAUUAAUUAAUAAUUGAUGUGAUUAGGAAUGUGCUGGCCGAGUUUAUCCAAAAAUAGGAAGCGGUGGAACGACGCUGCAUGAAAGGGGUUCGUUAAUCGCCCUCUUCCCAUCAACUGGGCGGGCCUAUAUAACUCUGUAAUCGCCAUUCAACUGAAGAGCAGAAAACGCUUUUGAUUUGUGACUCCUCCGAAAUUCGUGCGCUCCUUUGAAUCUAUCUUUCCUGAGAUUCUCCCUUGAAUUCCUCUCUUCCACCUUUUCCCCUGUAAUUUCUAUCCACUCUGAUAAUCCACAUAUAAAUCCAUCUGUACAGUUAUCUGUACGUACAACCUUAUCCUCAUUUUCAUCACAGAAAGACAAAAUGUGUGGAAUUUUGGCCGUUUUGGGGUGCUCUGAUGACUCUCAGCGGAAGCGGGUUCGGGUCCUCGAGCUCUCCCGCAGGUUGAAGCACCGCGGACCCGACUGGAGUGGGCUGUUUCAGCACGGGGAUUGUUACUUGGCCCACCAACGCCUGGCGAUCAUCGAUCCUGCCUCCGGCGAUCAGCCUCUCUACAAUGAAGACAAGAAGAUCAUUGUAACGGUGAAUGGAGAGAUCUAUAACCAUGAGGAACUGCGGAAGAGUUUGCCAAACCACAAGUUCUUCACGGAUAGCGACUGUGAUGUCAUUGCACAUCUCUAUGAAGAACAUGGAGAGGAGUUUGUGGAGAUGCUGGAUGGGAUGUUUUCUUUUGUUUUACUGGACACCCGAGACAAUAGUUUUCUAGUUGCCCGUGAUGCUAUUGGGAUCACCUCCCUCUAUAUUGGCUGGGGACUUGAUGGAUCCGUUUGGGUGUCUUCUGAGUUAAAGGGAUUAAAUGAUGAUUGUGAGCAUUUUGAGGUCUUUCCCCCGGGACACCUUUACUCUAGCAAGUCUAGUGGCUUCAGGAGGUGGUACAAUCCUCCUUGGUUCUCUGAGGCUAUUCCUUCAACUCCUUAUGAACCCUUGGUUCUUAGGCGUGCCCUUGAAAAAGCGGUUAUAAAGAGAUUGAUGACUGAUGUUCCGUUUGGAGUUCUUCUAUCGGGAGGGCUUGAUUCAUCCCUGGUUGCAUCUAUCACAGCUCGCUACUUAGCUGGAACCAAAGCAGCUAAACAAUGGGGAGCUCAGCUGCAUUCCUUUUGUGUCGGCCUGGAGGGCUCUCCAGAUCUAAAAGCAGGGAGAGAAGUUGCAGAUUAUUUGGGAACCGUUCAUCAUGAGUUCCACUUCACAGUGCAGGAUGGUAUAGAUGCAAUUGAGGAUGUUAUCUACCAUGUCGAGACUUAUGACGUGACGACAAUAAGGGCGAGCACGCCCAUGUUCCUAAUGUCACGCAAGAUUAAGUCCCUUGGAGUUAAGAUGGUGAUAUCAGGAGAAGGAUCUGACGAAAUUUUUGGUGGCUACUUGUACUUCCACAAGGCACCCAACAAAGAAGAGUUCCAUCGUGAGACAUGCCACAAGAUAAAGGCCCUUCACCAGUAUGAUUGUCUAAGAGCAAACAAAUCAACAUCUGCAUGGGGCUUAGAAGCACGGGUCCCCUUUUUGGAUAAGGACUUCAUCAAUGUUGCUAUGAGCAUCGAUCCUGAAUGGAAGAUGAUAAAACCAGAAGAGGGACGCAUUGAGAAGUGGAUUCUGAGAAGGGCAUUUGAUGAUGAAAAUCAUCCUUACCUCCCAAAGCAUAUUCUGUACAGGCAAAAGGAGCAAUUUAGCGAUGGCGUGGGAUAUAGUUGGAUAGAUGGACUCAAAGCUCAUGCCGAAGAGCAUGUGACAGACAAAAUGUUGCUGAAUGCUGAGCAUAUAUUCACACACAACCCACCAACUUCUAAAGAAGGUUACUACUAUAGAAUGAUCUUUGAGAGGUUCUUCCCCCAGAACCCUGCAAGGCUUACUGUUCCUGGAGGAGCUAGUGUGGCCUGCAGUACAGCAAAAGCAGUCGAGUGGGAUGCGUCGUGGUCCAAUAAUCUGGACCCGUCCGGCAGAGCAGCGAUUGGUGUACAUAACUCUGCAUACAAGGGCCAAAUAAAUGCAGCGGGUGGUAAUGACAAUCUGGGAACUAAUAAGAGGAUUACUGAGGCUGUGCCAAUGAUGGUGAAAGUUGCAGCGGCUGCUCCGGAGUUAACAAUACAGAGCUAACGUAUGAAGGGAAGGAGGCCGGGUGGGGGUUGUCUUCAAUCUCCGUCUCUCCGAGUUUCAGCAGCAGCAUGUCUUUUAGAUGCUGCUGUGAUGUGUCUUAUUUAGGUUGUAGAAUUUGGUGUAUGGAAAAUAAUAAUUCUAAAAGUAAUGACAGCCUUAUUGUUUAUAUGGGGCAGUCCUCACUCCUCAGGAGAUCUUACUUGUGUACAAGGCUGUCUUGUUCUUCAUCAACUGUGGAUGCCACGACCUCUCUUCCACUUUGUAGGCUUUGUCAAUGUUCCGUUGUAUACUUUCUUCAUCUGCCUUUUUUUACCUCAAAUCAGCACUCAUUAAAAUAAUAGUGUCACCACGAUAAAUG